GGGAAGAGAAGGAGGAGGAAACUAAGCCUUCCCUCCCUGUCUUUUCCGAAAAACCAAACAUGGCAUCUUCCAUGAGGAGCUUGUUUUCUGACCACAGCAGAUACGUUGAAUCUUUCCGGAGGUUUCUCAGCAAUUCCACGGAACAUCAGUGCAUGCAGGAAUUCAUGGACAAGAGGCUGCCAGGCAUACUAGCAAGGAUUGGAGACACAAAACCAGAAAUUAAAAUUCUCAGCAUUGGCGGAGGUGCAGGUGAAAUAGAUCUUCAAAUUAUUUCCAAAGUGCGGGCUCAGUACCCAGCAAUGCAUAUCAAAAGUGAAGUCAUUGAGCCAAGUGUUGAACAAAUCGCCAAAUACAAAGAGCUUGUGGCCAAAACAUCAAAUCUUGAGAACAUAAAGUUUGCCUGGCAUAAUGAGACAUCAUCUGAAUAUCAAAACAGAAUUAUAGAGAGUAAUGAACUUCAAAAGUGGGAUUUUAUUCAUAUGAUUCAGAUGCUGUAUUAUGUAAAAGACAUUCCAGCUACCCUAAAAUUCUUUCAUAAUCUCUUAGCUACCAAUGCUAAGAUUCUCAUUAUUAUUGUUUCAGGAGCCAGUGGCUGGGACAAGCUAUGGAAAAAGUAUGGAUCCCGCUUACCUCUGAAUGACCUUUGCCAGUAUAUCACAUCCUCUGACCUCACUCAGAUGCUGGACAAGCUGGGGGUUCAAUAUGAGUGCCAUGACCUUCUAUCCACCAUGGACAUAUCUGAUUGUUUCGUUGAUGGCAGUGAAAAUGGAGACUACCUUUGGGAUUUUUUAACAGAAACCUGCAAUUUUACCACAACAGCACCACCUGAUCUCAAAGCAGAAAUUAUGAAAGAUCUACAAGAACCUGAAUUCAGUGUGAAGAAAGAUGGAAAGGUUUUUUUUAAUAACAGUUUGAGUUUCAUAGUAAUUGAUUCAUAAGUAACCACAUCUGUUGGAUCUUUUCAAAAAUUCUAUUUUCAACAAUGUUGGACACUCGUUUCUGUUAUUGAAAUUAUACAGAUAUCAAAUAGUAUAAAAAGUGUCUUUUAUAUGUGAAAUUUUAGAAAAUUUCAAGGAAUUUCAAGACUUCUAUGUGUGAUAUUGUUUGUAUGAUUUUUAUCCCUCCUAUAGAUAUCACGGUCAGGCUAAAUACCAGCUAAGGUGGAAAAGUAAAAAGAUUAAGUAACAUUGGCCUAUUAGCAAAAAAAAUGCUUUCCAUGUAUAUACCAAUAUUCCCAUAUUACCAAUAAAGCAUGUCUAUGAAUUCUUUAA